UUAGACGAAUAAUUGUAUUCAUAUAACUACCAGAAUCUAUCAAGCUUUUUUUUAUCUCUUCUCUUUCUGUAUAACAGAAGCCAAGUCCACUCAUCACCUCGCUAUGGCGGAUUCUUCUCAAGAUCACGUACCAAUAUGAUUUCAGCUUUGGGUCCAACAGGUGUACAUAACCGUAUAUGUAGGUAUGGUCGUUUCAAGAGGGAUUGCUGCCCAGGAUGGAGGAGGAAUGCACAAGGGGAUUGCGAACCUGUAUGCACUGUUUCAUGUGGACCACAUGGAACUUGUGUCGCACCACCAAGAAGAUGUAAAUGUCACCCCGGAUGGGUGGGAGAUUUUUGUGAAAAAGAUACCAACGAAUGUGCUGUAAUUCCUUGUCAACAUCGCUGUAUGAACACCGUUGGGUCGUAUAAAUGCUAUUGUGAUAAUGGAUAUUACUUACAAGAUGACGGCAAAUCAUGCGGUCGUGAUGACAGGUGUAACUCGAUUCGGUGUCAUUAUGGAUGCGUUCAACACACUGAUGGAUUCAAGUGCUUCUGUCCUACCGGUCUUGAGCUCACAACCGAUGGACUAGGAUGUCAAGAUGUCGACGAAUGUGCAUCAGGUGAAGCGCAAUGCCCCCGUGGUCGCAGGUGCAAAAACACAUAUGGAAACUUUCUUUGCUUGUGUCCGGAAGGUUACAAAUUCCAGUAUGUCGCCGGUAAACUAAAGUGUGUAGAUGACAAUGAAUGUGACGCAAACAGGGAUAAAUGCAAUGAAAAUGCGAGAUGCGAGAAUCUACCGGGUGGCUACCGGUGUGUCUGUAACGCAGGCUUCGUUGGCACGGGAGAGCAGUGUGUCAGACUCGGUCGUGAAACCUGCGCAGAUAGACCAUGUUUCGAAGGCGUUCAAUGUUCAAACGUCAGGAUUGAUGUGAACACCUUGGAUUAUGCUAGCGAUCAAGAGGCUAUGAGGUUUGAGUGCGGUCCCUGUCCGCCAGGACAUGUUGGUAACGGCGUCACAUGCGAAGCUUCGAACGUUGACGUCACAGUCCUUGUCCUGGAACAGAUAGGGGGCAACCCUGUACCGGAGGUCAAGAUCCGUACCCUCGACACUAACAACGUGGGAGCCCAAUUCGGUACUGCGAUAUUCACAGGGGACAACGGUGUCGCCAAGCUCGCUGUCCCCAACGAUGCCAACAUCGUGGUUGUAGCCAGUAAGAAGGGACAUCCGACCUCAUCGACUACCUUCGACGUCCGCAACAACGAGAAUAAUCUGAUAACCAUGACUCUGACCCAGUUUAACGAUGGAGCAUCGUUCCCCUACCCACUUCCGAGGGCUCGAACCUUUGCCUUCUUAGACCCUAACAGUGUCGAUGGACAAUUACAAGUAGAAAUACCCGCAGACGGUCUGGACGUAGAACCUGGAUCAAUUGUCAGCCUGAACAUAAAAACUGUUGAUAUAAGCGACCCUCAAGAUGUUCGCAAUGUACCCGAACUUGCUGUUUCUCCAGAUCAAGGUUCCGAUGUCGCUAGAUUAGAGGCCUAUGCUCUUACAGAAAUUGACCUUAUCAACGAAAAAACCGGCGAGAAAGUUGAUCUAACCGAAUCAGCUACUAUACGCAUACCUCUGGCUGAUCGUUUCUUGAAUGAACUGUCGGUUGGAGAUACUGUCCCAGCGUGGUACUUCGAUGAAGCUAUCGGUCUAUGGGUAAAUGAUGGCCUUGGUACCAUUGAAGACGAUGGUCAAGGUGGUCUAAUCUGGGUCUAUCAAACGGAACAUUUCUCCUGGUGGGCAGUAGGUGUCGUCUGGCCUGGUAUGCAGCUCAUUACCAUCAAGACAUGCUUUAGAGAGGAUUGCUCCGUCAUAGCACCAAACACCGCCAUUCAAUUAGAGGGCGCUGACUAUUACUAUCAAUCGAACCUGGUCACCAGAAAUGAUGGUACCGUCGUCACAUUCGCAAAGACAUAUGCUGCUAUCAACCUUUACCUUGACUGCAGUAGCAGCAUUAGUGAGGCAGUGACCUUUGUCAUUACCCCCAUGACAGAGGAAGUCACCUACAAGGUUCCAGAUACUGCCAACCAUGACGGCUGCAACGACCCUGGUCAGGUAACUAAUGGUGCUCGCAUUGAUAACCAGGACUUCUCUGUCGGUGGUGAGGUCACCUACUUCUGCGACCCAGGCUACACCAUUCACGGCAGCUCACGUCGCGUCUGCACACCGUGCGGAACAUGGAGCGGAUUCCAACCGUACUGCGAGGACGAAGGUUUCCUGUCGUCAUCAUCAUCAACAUCAUCGUCGACAUCAUCGUACGGUAGCAUUACUAGCAGCAGCCCUGUAGAACUAUACACCAGUGAUCCAGAUGUGUCGGGAGAUGGGCCACUGGGCAUUUAAUUCCUUCUUAUCAAGGGAAUCUAUGACAACAUUUUCGGCUCAAAAUAUUUACUUCCAAUAUAAAAACUUAAAGCAGAAACCUUUAAAGAAUCAUCAUUCUUUAUAAAAACAUUCAUGAUAAAAGAAAAACAGACAAACUUAUGAAUAUACAUGUAUUGAAUUCCAUAAGUAAAAGACAAUGCUCUCAGUCUCUUGGACAAAAAAGGUAUACAAAGUUAUGUAUUGAUUAUUAUCAUUUGUUUGUAAAUAGUGUUUUGGGGCAAAAUAUGUGUUUCAUGUGCUGUCUUUCCUUUGUGUUGUUAAUAAUGUCUUUUAAUGAAGUGAUACCCUUCAUUUUGCAAUUAUGUAUGUUACAAUGACAAUGAUUUGUAAGAGGUGUCAAUUUUCCAUGGACAGAUUUAGCACACUUUAUCUUUUAUAAAGAAAAUAAGACUUUUAGUUCGAAUAGUAAGAAGAUAUCUGCGAAGUAUGUCAGUAAAUUCCAAAUGGUUUUGUGUAUCUUUUUUUUAAUGAUGAUAGCCAUUAAGCUUAAUGCACAGGAUAUUUCACAUUAAUCUUAUGCAACUGUACGUUCAGUCUUUGAUGUAAGCAGUUUGCAUUUCAUUGAUAUUAAAUGUCUUGAACUACUCCAUAUUUUUAGAUCAAUAUACACUCUAAAUUCCAAGGUUAAAAUAGUUCCAGAUUGGUUUUGAGUAUAGACCCGUCACAUUUUGGAUUCCUUUCAAACUUAUACGAUUAACUUUUAAAUCUGAACUCCUUAUAUAUGUACCCACAAUGUUUAAAUCUAAAUUGAAUAUCAAAUCGUAAUCUUAAGGAUUAACCUUUAAAUCUCAAAUAAUUUAGAUUCAAAUCUGUUAUCUUUAUAUUUAAAUCCACAAGGUUUAAAUCUAAAUCUAACAUUCGACGGGUCACUAUUCACAGCCGAUCUAGAUUUAUUUCAAAUCUUUGGAAUUUAUAGUGUACUGUGUCUACUUGUAUUCAGGUGCUCCCCCAUCGUGAUAAUUAGUUUGUACAGAAAUCUCAUUAUGCUGCUUAAUAUGCUUUCUGUAGAUUACACAAUGGUGAGGAAAUUGAAAACUAAGUCAAGGUCAAUUAAUUAACAUCUAUCACUUCUUAAAAUCCUCGGUAGCAAUGGUAUAUUCAGAUAUGUCUAUAGGUUUUACAUUAGAAUUAUAUUAAACUCACCAUAUGGCUAUUUCCUGAUGGCAAUGCCUUCUUGUUUCAUGCUAAUGCAAUUUUAAAAAUGAUUAUCAUUGUUUCUGCCUUGGAUAUUGCAAUGAUUCAUCAGAUACAUUGUCAUUUUGACUACCAGCAAUGUCACACUUAUAAAUUAGUCUUCAUGAUUAGUUAUUUUGUGUUUUUCAAUUGUUUUGAAAUGUUUAUAACAUAUAAUUAAAUACCUUUUCUGUUAAUGGUGCUAAAAAUAUGAUUCUAAUAAUUAACUUUAAUAUUUUCCUCAUUUGAUUCGCCUGUUGUAAUUUCUAGCAGGGUUUUGGGGUGGAAGUUAGUAAAUUUUAGUAAGGUUAGUAAAGUGUACUUAAUUUAGUAAAGUGUACUUAAUUUCAAUAAACGUUCCUUUUCAUGCAUUGAGCAAGCGGGAGAGAGGACGGUGAGUGAGAGAGAGAGAGAGAGAGAGAGAGAGAGGGGGGGGGGGGGCAGAGACACAAAGUUAGAUUAGAUGAUAUACUUUAUUGACUCCACUAAACUUAUAUAUACUUCAACAUUGUUUCCUCCUCAAUCAUAAUACUCUUAUGUAUAUACUUUUGUUUUAUUCUUAUUUAUUAGGUAAAACUUAUCUAGAAAAAUCAUUUUACAGAGGAGUGGUCAAUCACACUCCGCGAGAAGACAACUUAUUAUUUCAUAAUUCAUCAUUUGCAAAAUGUGUGCUCAACUGACGAUAAUGUGCAUUUUCUGGGCUACUGACUGAGUCCAGCAGGUCGAUCAAAAUUGUGCCCUUUUUCUUCAAUGACGUCAUGAACCAUAAAUUGUUAAAAGUGCAUGAUGUUAUAAUCAGUUAAUUUGUUUGGUUAUUAUUAAUAUUAUUUAAUGUAGAUAGAAUGCUGAUUUUAUUUGUGUGUAUAGCAUGGCAGAAAGAAGUUUGUAGUCUGUGGAUAAGAUUGAGGAGUGGCACAAAAUGUGCUGUUUCACGGAAGUUGAAUAGAACAAAAAUCAAAUAAAAUCAAAAGUUGUUAAAGCUAUGAAUAUUACUAUGUAAAUCCUAACAAUCAUUUUAAUGUAAUAAAAUGGAUAGACCAAAUCUUUCAAAUAAA